GGACGUGUUAUGAAAUUCUUCUCGGAUUUGAUUCCUCGCUGUCGAUCAGAUUAGGUUACAAGCGGUCGUAUUGUUUGUUUCAGUAAACGUUACGUCAACUGCGAUACUUUUUAAACAUGUCGAGUGCAGUGACAAGUAAAAUUGUAGAAACCCGGGUGUACGAGGGCCAGAAGCCGGGUACCUCCGGGUUACGAAAAGCCGUGAAAGUGUUUAUGCAAGAACACUAUACGGAAAAUUUUGUUCAAGCUACACUCGAGGCCCUUGGUGAUCAAUUACCUGGUAGUACUUUAGUCCUUGGUGGUGAUGGAAGGUAUUAUGGUAAAGAGGCAGUCGGAAAAAUUAUCAGGAUCGCGGCAGCCAAUGGAGUGAGAAGACUGAUAGUCGGUCAAAACGGUAUACUUUCAACUCCAGCUGUGUCUACUAUAAUAAGAAAAUAUAAAACGCAAGGAGGGAUUGUUUUGACCGCGUCUCAUAAUCCUGGUGGACCCAACGCUGAUUUUGGUAUAAAAUUUAAUUGUGACAAUGGUGGCCCUGCUCCAGAUAAUGUCACGAAUAAAAUUUAUGAGAUCACCAUGUCACUUAAAAGCUAUAAGAUUGCAUCUGAUAUAAAUAUAGACAUAGAUAAGAUACAGAGUACUACUGUUCAAGUUGAUGGAAACCAAUUUACAGUAGAUGUGAUAGACUCUGUAAAUGAUUACUUAGAGCUUAUGAAAGACAUUUUUGAUUUCUCAAAUAUCAAGAAGUUACUUCAGGGAAGUGCCGAUCGACCUCCUUUCAAAGUUCUUAUUAAUGGAAUGAAUGGAGUUACCGGACCAUACAUUAAACGAAUAUUUAGUAGCGAAUUAGGUCUCGAUAAUUCAAGCAUCGUUAAUGCAAAUCCCCUAGAAGAUUUUGGAGGACUACAUCCUGAUCCUAACUUAACAUACGCCAAAGACUUAGUAAAUGCCAUUAAAGAUGGUCCAUACGAUUUUGGUGCUGCUUUUGACGGAGAUGGGGAUAGAAAUAUGAUAUUAGGCAAAAAGGCUUUCUUUGUUACACCUUCGGAUUCAUUGGCAGUAUUAGCUGCUAACUUAGAUUCUAUACCAUAUUUCAAAAGGACUGGUGUUAAAGGGUAUGCUAGAUCAAUGCCAACAGGUGCUGCUGUAGAUAGGGUUGCAACCAAGAACGGUAUUAAACUGUUCGAAGUACCCACAGGCUGGAAGUAUUUUGGUAAUUUAAUGGAUGCUGGGCAUCUAUCAAUAUGCGGAGAAGAAAGUUUUGGCACUGGUUCUGACCAUAUUCGCGAAAAGGAUGGAAUAUGGGCAUGCCUUGCAUGGCUUAGUGUAAUUGCAAGUCUUGGGAAAUCCGUAGAAGAAAUAUUGUUAAAUCAUUGGCAAACGUAUGGAAGGAACUUCUUCACAAGGUAUGAUUACGAAAAUUGUGAAUCUGAAGGGGCAAAUAAAAUGAUGCAGUACAUUGAAACAGAAAUACAAAAACCCGAGUUUCUAGGUUCGAAACUGGCAUUCGAAACUAAAACGUACAUUGUCAAAUUAGGUGACAAUUAUUCCUACGUAGAUUCUGUCGAUGGAAGCAAAGCUAGUAAACAGGGAUUACGAAUACUCUUUGAAGAUGGUUCUCGUAUAAUAUACCGUCUGUCUGGUACAGGAAGUUCUGGAGCUACUAUACGUGUAUAUGUUGAUAGCUUUGAAGAUGAUCCGACAUCUUUAAAGAAAGAUGCUCAAGAAGUUCUUAAGCCAUUGGUUAAUAUUGCGCUAGAGUUAAGUAAAUUACGUGAAUUUACUGGACGCGAUGCACCAACCGUUAUAACGUAAUAAUACGUGGUCCUUUAUUGUUGACAUUUAUUUGAUCAAAAAUAUGCGUAAAAAUAAGAGAAGUGAAAUCGUUUCUAAAGUUGAUUAAGUAAUAGAGCUAUUUCACCUUUCAAUGUAUUAUUUUUAAACACACAUCGAAUGAUGUUAAAGUGGCAGUAUUUUAUUAUCUUGUUAGUUGCAUUACAUUUCAUUAAAAUGAUUACAUAAACGCGCACGAUAUAAAAUUUAGAGAAACAAUAAAUAUACUUCUACGAAUGAAUAUUUUAUAUUAAAUACGAUUAUGGAAUCAAGUUUUUGUACAUUAUCACAGUGGUGCAAGUUGUCCGUACAUAAAUAAUUCACGACGAAUUUUAUAGCAACACGAAAGGUAAUUAUUAAAUGUCAAGUAAGUUCAACGUAAAAUAUUUAAUGUUCUAAACAUGAACGACAAUUUCUUUCGUACUUUUCUAUAAAAAUAAAAGCUUUCUCUUUUUAUCGUAAAAAUGUUUAACUCUGAUAUGGUUAUUGCGAUAAAAAUUCAAUCAUAAAUUCAAUGACGAGUAAUUGUAGGAUCGCGUGUCUUUAUAUGUGGAAGCAUUGUUUGCAAAAAGUUGUUCAAGCAUGCAGAAAGAUGGAAACAGUUUAACCCUUCGGUGCUUGUACAAUAUUGUACAAAUUUGUAAAAAAUAUCCAAUUAUAUUUUUAAGUUACAGUUUUUAAGAAAUUUUGAUUUUUAAAUUCUAUACACCGCCUAAACCAAUGAAAUGAAAAAUGAAAGUAUAGAAAUAAUAUUUUUUCUAUGUGGAAUAAAAGAAACACAUAGUACACAUUACAUACUUACAGUAUAUUCAAAGAAGAUAAUUUACAAUACAGAUUUUUUUUAUAUACGAAAAAUACAUACGUAAACAAAAGAAACCUAUGUAUAUAUAUGUAUAACGCAUCGCGAUAUUAACAUCGAAGGGUUAACGAAAAAAGCGUAACUUGAAUUGUAAUUGAAAGUAGUAUGCCAUGUUAUAGCGAUUGUUCUUCAAUUAUGUUUUAAUUUUAAUGUUCAUUAUGAAUUUGAUGACAUUGUUUCAACAUUUAUUACAAAUUGCAAAGUUGUUUCUAUUGAUUCGGUCUGAUAUAUAUAAACGAAGGUAUAAAGUUUAAAAAACACGAUCUGAAAUACUCUUUCUCUUUUGGUACAAUAAUUGUAUAAUAUUUAUAACUACUUUUUUAAUCGAAACGAGGAAAAUCAAUUUUAAUUAGAAAAUAAAUCCAGAUGUACUCUAUUACUUUUCAAUGCUAAAGAAACUAUGCGUCAAUGUAUAAAGUAGAUGAACAGUGAAUCUGAAAAGAUCAUUUUCUGCAAAUAUUAAACGGAACUAUACUUUGGUUAUUAUGCUUACUUAAGUAGAUAGUAAUAUCAUUCAUCCGGAAAAUGUUAAUAGAUUUUUAUGUUAUUGCUGUACAUUAUUUCCAGCCAUACUUCAUAUCAUUAAUUAUUUCAAAUAUUGUCUAAUCUUAUUGCUUAAUUUUAUUUUCUAAUUGCUAGUAUAAACGAAAUAAAUAUAUAUUUUCUGUUCUAUCGUUUAAUCGUAACAUUCAGAUAUAAUUUGAUAAACUUUUUAAAAAGAAACAAGAAUGCGUGUAGAAAGUGUCGUUUCAAAUUUCUUAAAAUCAUGGAAGAUAUCUUUCGGUAUCAUGAUUUAACGAAAUUUGAGAUCACGAGUAUAUUAAUGUAGAUUGAAAAUUUUCAUUAAUGGGAUAUUCGGCACAUGGUAUAUGUAUGUAUAUUAAACAGUCUUGUAUAUAAUUUGAAUAGCGAUAUGUUAAUAGCACGAAAUAUAAAUAUAUUAAAUUGUAUAGUUUGUAAUAGUAUAAAUUUAAUUUUCGUCCGUGUAUAAUAACAUUUAAUUUAAAUAAACGUGUCUCGUUUUAUGAUUUACGAAAUGUGCUGAAUAUCUUAUUAAAAAUUAAUUGAUAGAAUAGGAUACAUUUAAACAUUUAUAUUAAAAAAAAAGAAACAAUAGUAAGAUCGUGAAAGUAUAACGUUGAUAAAAUUGACGAAAAAAAUUAAUUGGUGUUACUUGUGCGUGACAAAAUUUAUAAUCGAUGCAAUUGAUGAAAAUUUACGAAUGUCAAAAAAGAAAAGAACAAACUCAUUUUCAUGGAAAGCCUAAUUUGUGGCAAACGUUUUGUAUUAUAUAAUUUUCUCUGCACGAUGUUAACAAGUUUUCUAUAAAAGCACAUCGUUCAUUUUAGUUACAUUUAUUUCAUUUUUCAAAUAAAAUGAUGGCAGUAUGCAGCAAUAGGUGUUUGAGGAAAUGCAAUGUAUUUUUGUGAAACAAAAUUAUGAAACUGUAUUAAUUGAUACGUCAGAUAUGUAACUGCAGUAUUUUUGAAUGAAUUCAAGAGGAAACUUUGUAAAUAGUUGAAAGAAGGGAGGAUACUUUGGGGACCUGAGCCGACACGACUCCCAUUCAAUUUCAUAGUUACAUCACAGAUAGAUAUGACAAAAAGAAAAAACCGAAAUUCUCUCUUUAUUUACUAUUAAUUAUUAUACGUGUCAAACAGUUAUAUUCGAAGAAGAAAACAUUCAAACGUAAUUAAGAAUAAGUUUGUCAGUCAAUUAACCGAGCAAGUUUUUUUAUGUUCUCUUUGUGGUGUAACGUGAAUGUUGCAAUGCGGUAGUAGUGUCAUAGAGACCAGCAAUGACUGCCGAUUUUAAUGUAAAACUAUUAACAUGUAACAUUUGUAUCAUAUUGAAUACUAAUUAUUCAUUGUAGGUAUAUGAAUGAAUGGUUUUCCACAAGCACGUGAUCAAAGAUCGGAUAACAUUUCAGACAAAACUAUGAAUUAUAAAAUGUAAACGUUACGAACCGUUUUACGUUGAUUUUUAUCAAUUUCCAAAAGAAAUGUUAUCAACGUUACAUAAUUAACAUUGGUAUUUUUCAAAAGAAAGCAGAUAAUGCACGUGAUACAUGUGUUUAAAAUAACCAUAUCAGAGAUACUUUUUAGAGUAAUGUAUUUGACCUAACGAGUGAUAAUUUUUUAUAAAUUUUUGCCUAAUGAAACACGCACAUUGUUCGUUGUUCGAACGGAAUCGAGUUUUUUAUGCGAUACAGAAAAUGUUACCAACCCAGAACUUUAUUAUUUCAAUGAAAUGUAAAUGUAUCGAUAACCAAAUAAAUUUGAAACUUGCAAAUUCGCGAUUUGUACGCCGUAAAAACAUGA